AUGGAAUUGGCGAUGAAAGAAGAGGAUCACGAAUUGCAGGAAGGAGUAAUAGACGCAAAAUUAUCGGAGUCCUUGCAUGAGAGCGAGCCGAAGUCAUCGGCUUCGGCGGUGGCUGAACGUUGCCGGAAGGAUAAAAGGAAAUCGUUGAAGAAGGAGAAGCGAAAGCAGAAGAGGAAAGAAGCUGCGGAAAAGGCGCGCCAAGAAGAGGAAGCUCGGGUUAAUGAUCCCGAUGAGCAGCGCCGCAUACAGCUGGAAGAGGAGAGGGAGAAGGAGAGGCGGGAAAAGGAAAUGCGUGAAUUUGAGGAGAAAGAACGGCUGUUCCUUGAAGCCUUGGCGAGGAAAAAAGCCCAGGAAGAAGAGGAAGAAGAACGAAGAAGAGCAUUAGAAGCAGAGAAACAGAAUGAGAAUCAGGGUGAAUCUGAGAUGGCAGAAAAUGAGGACGGCGAGUGGGAAUAUGUAGAGGAGGGACCCCCCGAGAUUAUUUGGCAAGGGAAUGAGAUUAUUAUCAAGAAGAAUAAAGUCAGGGUGAAAAAGAAGCCAGAACAGAUAAAUGGGGAAGAGGAUCCUGAUAGACCUACGUCAAAUCCUCUUCUUCCUCAAUCUCAAGCUUUUGCGGAUUUCAAGAAUACCACAAUGCUCUCAGCUCAACAGUUGUUGGAAAAUGUUGCACAACAAGUUCCAAACUUUGGGACUGAGCAGGAUAAAGCUCAUUGUCCCUUCCAUCUGAAGACUGGUGCAUGUCGAUUUGGAUCCCGCUGCAGCCGAGUUCACUUUUACCCUGAUAAAUCCUGUACAUUGCUUAUCAAGAACAUGUAUAAUGGACCUGGCCUGGCCUGGGAGCAGGAUGAGGGGCUCGAGUAUACUGACGAAGAGGUUGAGCAUUCUUAUGAAGAGUUUUAUGAGGAUGUGCAUACAGAGUUUUUGAAGUUUGGAGAAAUAAUAAAUUUCAAGGUUUGCAGAAAUGGCUCACAUCAUUUGCGAGGAAAUGUAUAUGUACAUUAUGUAUCUUUAGAUGCUGCUGUUCUUGCUUAUCAGGCUAUCAAUGGCCGCUAUUUCGCUGCCAAACAGGUAAGCUGUGAGUUUGUUGGUGUGACAAAGUGGAGAGUUGCUAUCUGUGGGGAGUAUAUGAAAUCAAAGUUUAAGACAUGCUCUCGUGGGACUGCAUGCAAUUUCAUUCACUGCUUCCGUAACCCAGGUGGAGAUUAUGAGUGGGCUGAUUGGGAUAAACCACCCCCGAAAUAUUGGGUGAAGAAGAUGGCUGCUUUGUUUGGUUAUGCAUAUGAGUGUGACCAUGAGAAAGGGUUUGAACGAGAAAGCUCAGAACAUCGCAGGUACUCCAGCAAAAGAAGCAACAAGGUGGUCAAAUAUCAAUUUCGAAGAUCCCAGUCAAGGGAAGUUGAGUAUUCAAGCAAGAGCCCAAGAGAUCAUUAUGACAACAAUCGAUCUGAAAGCAAUACACAUCGGAGAAGGUAUUCAAGAGAUCAUGAUUCAAGGAGGCCAAGAAUUUCUGAUGAGAAAGAUUAUGAAGUAGAAAGAGAUUCUACUAGGCAUCGCCAUGACAAGAGAAGAAAAAAACAUUAUGAUAGUGAAUCUGAUAGAGAUUGGGAGGACAGAGACCAUGAUGCUGAUGGAUUUCAUGAUCGAGCAAGAAAAACCUCUAGAAGUUACCACUAUGGAAGGUCCGGAUCAGUUGAUAGUCAAGAGACUCGGAGUGGAAGCCUUGAAUACUUGUCUGGUUCAGAGUCAUCUUGUAGGGGAAUGGGUGGAGAUAAACAUCGUAGAUAUCCAACGAAGAGAUCAAGAAAACAGGUUUCAUCUGUAUCUGGGCAUAAUAGGGACUACAGUACCAAUGAAAGAUCUUAUCCUUCUGAUUCCAGCAGAGAGGAGUUAUAUGAGAAUAGGAAAUCUUUUUCCUCAAAUGACCACUCGUAUAGGAAGAGAAGAAAAUAUGCUAGUGAUUCCACUGGAGAUUCGUCUGAUGAGAUCACACAAGGCAGCCAUGAUCGAAGAAGAAAGUCUCGAACGCCUAGAAAUGAACCUUCACAGUUGUCCACUGAUCACUGGGAUUCAGGAAGAGAUGUGCGCGACAAACACCAUCGAAGAGAAUAUGAUCAUGCCAAAUCCAAUCUGCAGACACACCAGACUCAGGAUUCCGCAGAUAAAGUGAUGCGCCACCAUUCAAGCAGGAAGAAUGCAAAUGGUGAUCAUCGCGAUGGGAAGGAUGAUAACAGUGACAGAAGAAUCAUUCAGCAACAAGACAAUGUUGACGAAGAAGAAACUCACAAGAAGAGAAGAAAGUCGAGGUCGCAUAGCCAGAUCGAGGAGUAUCCUCAACGUGACAAUGUUGACGAAGAAGAAACUCACAAGAAGAGAAGAAAGUCUCAUGAAAAGUCCAGGUCGCAUACCCAGAUCAAGGAGUAUUCGCAAGAGGCAAGAUCGGUGUCAAGAAGUGAGAGCAGAUCAAGCAAGCACAAAAGGAAGAAGACGAGUUCAAGGCAGUUGGACUCAGAUGAAGACUAA